AUGCACUAUGAGCCAGCUGCCAGGGAGACAGAGGUUUAUUAUACUUCUUCCGGCGGGGCUGAUUUAGAGGUAGAGAAAGCCCAAUUACAGCCCUUUAUUGAGCAAAUUUGCGGUGAGGGAACUCCCAUUCAAAUUAUCCAGCCGACUGAUCGAAAAAGCAAAGGCUAUGAUUGUGGGAUUUAUUUGGUGAAAUAUAUUGAAGAGAUAUUGGAGAGUGGAGCUUUGGAGUUGAAACGCCAGUAUACUGCCGAAGAAUGCCAAGAGUUUAGGGAAACCAUGGUAAAACAACCAGAAGCCCGAAGCGGAAGAAACCUCGGUUCUGGCGGCAGUAGUUCAGUCGGAGCCAUUAGUUAUAACGCUCAAGCUGUUAAAAAUGCUUUUUUCUCUAAAACUAGUGCUCGUCAAGCCCAAAGAAUUAGUGGGGAUGAUGAAGAUAUCCAAAAACUUGUAGGAACUUUCAAUAAAGUAGCUGACAUGAGCAAUGCCAUUCAAGCUUUAAAAGAUUGUAGUAGUUCCGAGCAAUUUUUAGCUCACAAGAAUGCUUUAUUAGCUAAAUGUAAUCAAGCCAUUGCCGAAAUGAAUAUUGGAGCAAUUGAAAGUAAUGUUGGUUAUCGUUCUGUGGAAUUGGAGAAGUUACAAUUAGAUGAACAAAAGAUUAAAGGAGAGAUUGGGGAGGCUUAUCGCCAAGCUGAAGAAGCAAAAAGAAAAGGCGAUACUACAAAAGUAACAGAAUUAUAUCAGGCUAUUAAAAACCUGAAAGCAAAACAUGAUGAAAUAGUCAAACAAAUCAUAGCUAAUCCUUGA